AUGGACGUCCACCCUGAGGACUCACUGAGAGAAAAUAAAGGGACAGUGGUUGAUUUCAGCAAUAUUUACUCUAAAGACCUUCUGCCAACCUUGGGAGGAGAAGGAAUAACCCGGGAAUUUCUGCAUGAGAUGCUCAACCUAUUGAUGAGUUACAUAUGCAAGUCCUGUCAAGGAAAUUCCAAGGUUUUGGAUUUUCACCACCCUCACCAACUGAAAGAAGGACUGGAAGGCUUCAGUCUAGACCUGCCUGAGAAACCGGACACUCUUGAACAAAUAUUAGUGGACUGUCGGGACACACUGAAAUAUGGAGUUAAUACAGGGCACCCUCGCUUCUUCAAUCAACUGUUCGCAGGACUGGAUGUGAUUGGAGUGGCUGGUGAAUGGCUGACGUCCAUUGCCAACACUAAUAUGUUCACAUAUGAAGUUGCUCCAGUCUUUACCCUGAUGGAGGAGGUUCUACUGAAGAAGAUGCAAAGCAUUGUGGGAUGGUCUGAUGAUGAGGGAGAUGGAAUCUUCUCUCCAGGAGGCACAAUCUCCAACAUGUACAGUAUGCUGGUGGCCAGAUAUGACUUCAACCCAGAAGUGAAGACAAAAGGAAUGGGAGCGCUUCCUCAUUUGGCCCUCUUCACUUCUGAACAUAGUCACUAUUCUGUCAAAAAGUCUGCCGCAGUUCUGGGACUAGGCAUUGAAAAUGCUUUUAUUGUCAAAUGUGAUGAAAGAGGGAAAAUGAUUCCAGAGGAACUUGAAGCUUCCAUUCUUGCAGCGAAAGAAAAGAACAUGGUUCCGUUCUAUGUGAAUGCGACAGCAGGCACGACCAUCUAUGGAGCUUUUGAUCCUCUUAAUGCCAUUGCAGACAUUUGCCAGAAAUACACAUUAUGGAUGCACGUGGAUGCAUCAUGGGGUGGAGGCUUACUUUUGUCAAACAGACAUAGGAUGAAGCUACAAGGCAUUGAAAGAGCUUGUUCAAUAACGUGGAACCCACAUAAGAUGAUGGGGGUUCCCCUGCAGUGCUCUGCCAUCCUGAUCAAGAAGAAAGGUGUCUUGCAAAAAUGCAAUGAAUUGGGAGCGCCGUAUCUUUUCCAGAAAGACAAAUUCUAUGAUGUGAACUACGAUACUGGAGAUAAGAGCAUCCAGUGUGGCAGACACGUGGACGUCUUCAAACUUUGGCUCAUGUGGAAAGCAAAGGGUACAGAAGGCUUUGGAGCUCAGGUAAACAAGUGCCUGGGAAAUGCGGAGUAUUUGUAUGAUCUACUGCAAAGGAGGAAAGACUUUGAACUGGUCUUCAGAAACAAACCAGAGCACAGCAACGUGUGUUUCUGGUACAUCCCUCCCAGUCUGAGAGGCAUGGCAGCCGGCGGCGACCGAGACGAGAGACUCCAUCAGGUUGCUCCUCGGAUCAAAGGAAGGCUGAUGGAAAAGGGCUCUGUUCUGAUUGGAUAUCAGCCUACAAGUACCAAAGUCAACUUCUUCCGAUGCAUUUUUGCUAACCCCGCUACCCGGCAUGAAGACAUUGACUUCCUAUUGGAGGAGAUAGCCCAGCUGGGCCACGAUUUAUGA